ACAAUGGAAGUCGCUCAGCAUUCACCCCCCAGAUUACCACUAUCCGGCAUGCCGUGGAUUUGUUUAGCUCGGUGUCGCUGAUAUCGAGAUACUAAUUUAAUUGAUUUUUCCUUCUUCGUUGUUUACGCCAGGACACAGCUUCAUUUUUUUCCCAGUGAUGUCUGUGCUGUUAUUCGGGCAUCAUAGUGGACUCGGACAAAACGGGCUUAAUCGAUUCUGUAUCGGUGAGUCUCACUCGGAACCUGUCCGGGACCAACUACCAUUCAGGUGAUUGGAGCGCUAGUAUGCUUGUGAUCCAAAAAGGCAGAAAUAGCAGUCAAUAUCGACCAGUGUCGUUCGCCUGACUCUUCGACGGCUGUUAGAAGAAAUCAACCGUAACGUGUAUUGGUGAGCAUUGCUGUCACGGUGUUAUGCGUUUGGAAUGACGAGUUUUGUUUACUUUUCUUGGCCUGCGUAUACGUGUAGCGGCGCCAUGGUCACACACUGUUACAAAAUUACCAGCAGAUAUUUUGUCUGCCUUGGAGAGACAGUUUGAUCUGAUUUAUCACAAGACUUGAAAUAUCACUCUGGAUUUCGUCCCCACCAUUCUCUACAAGCCCACCUGGGGAUUACAACUCCAUUAAUUAAUCAACUGCAGAUAAUUGGCUCAAGAACAUGGAUACAUACGUUCGAUGCACAGUUUAUCAAAACCAUGGAGAUGAACUUUGAUGUUACAUCCCCAUUGUGAUACCGUACGGAUAAUACCACGUUCUCAAGUAACGGCUGAGUGGUUAAUACUGUGUAAAGUGGACUCUAUAACCAGUGUCGAUGGCCACUUACAAUCAAGAGGAUGGCUGACUUGGAAAAUUUGCCGAAAUGGCGACAAGGGAUUGGAAUAUUUCAAAGUGUGUGAAAAUGCAUUUGUGACUGGCGUAUCCCAACACAAAAGUCAUUAUUUAGACAUAGUACGCGAUAAAACGCUUAAUGGUGGUCCUAUUCGAAACUGAAUUUCCAUACAAUGAAGGACACUGCUGGUCUGCUAAAAGGCAGGUGUUACUGUAAAAAUAUAGACCAUGGUGUAAAGGAAGGUUGCACUUAAUCGUCAGAGCAGCAAUGGGUUCCCGCGGCGAGAGGAAACAGCCGGGCGCGCUGGUAGGCGAGAAGUCCCAGACGGUCUUCUCCGCCAACUGGAAGCUGGACGCCAUGCUGCUCAAGAACCUCCAGAUGCUGGACGUGUCCAAACACCGGGUGAGCCAUCGCAUCUCCAUGGAUCAGAGGGUGGUCAACAAGAGAUUCCAGACCAAGCUGUACCGGUCCAAGAUUACCCACGCCCGAAUGACGAACAACCGGGAGCUGCUGAGGGAACUCUUGCACCGGGACAACUACACCUUCAACACCAGCGUCGGCGGCCAGGACGAGAAGUACACCGUCAAAGUCAGCCCCACGCAGAAAAUCCCUGGCCAGGAAGACAGCGUGGCUCGUGAAACUCUCAACGACGGGAACGGCAAGGGGGUGAGGCCGGCCGCAACUCCUGUCGUCGUUGUGGAAUCGAACGACGAUGGGAAACAGGAUACGAUGGUUCCUCGUGAUGUGCAGGACGUUGGUUCUGAUCAGGGAAAAGAUGAAAAACCGUCUAGUGUGGCCUCACUUACUCAGCAGACUGUCAGGCGACUGUCCAAUGCUGCUGGUAUGCUUCCCAAGCAGAACUCACCGGUAACGUUGCAAGAAGAUGCGGUGCCGGCCUCAAAGGAAACAUUGUCGGAGGAGCAGAUGGCAGACACUGAACCUUCACACAGGACUCAACGAGGAUUGCUUACUGAUGAUAAGAGAAAACCGAGACCCAACACGGCAAUGCCCGAUUUAAUGAAAACAACGCGUACCGGUACUGCAAAAACGAAGAGGCCCAAGACUGCUCUGGCGAGACAGGGCAGCGGACUGCUCACGGCUCCGUCACAAGACGGGAAAACUUCAUCAUCUCCAACACGGCAACCUUCCACCUCACAGGGACCCACCACGGCAACUCAAAGACCCACCUCGGGAGCACCGAGACCGCGAAGCCAUUCUUGCAGGCAGCAGAAACACACCAUGCCCAGCAUCUUCGGGGAGGACAAGCGACCCACGCUGCUAGACAUCAACAGGGAUCGCUUGGCCAGGUCCAACUUCCCAGACCGAGUCCGGAAUUUCGCGGGAUCGCUCCGGGGGCUGCAGACCGACCCUGACCAGACCGUGGAUUAUUACACCCACCGGCUCCUGGAGAACCUCCGCGGAGCCAGCCGGAGAGGCCCCCGGGAAUUCAUUGAGAGUGAUGCAGAGAGAAGGGACGCCCAGCGGAUGGUCGGGAACCUGAAUGCACGCAACAUGACAUUCGGUAACGUCAAGAAGAUCGGGCAGAUGAACCAUCAAGACCGGCCAGCUGAUGGCUCGCCAGUGAGGGUUCGAUUGAGAGCAUGGGGAUCUGAUGACGAUGACAACGACAACCAAGACAAUGGAAACACGUGAAGCUGUCGUAACGGGGAUUAAAAAUAAUAUUCGAUAUUGCAAAUGGAGUGCCGCAGUCUACAGGCACAGAAACAAAGGGACAGAGUAAGACACUUCAAUAAAAAAGUAGCCCAGAUGAUACAUGUACAUGUGCAUAGCUUUGUGUAGAUCCUAUUGAAAUCGGAGGAUUAGGGACUCUUAUGCCUAUCCCUAACACUCCCAAAUCCUCCGAUCUAAAUAUGAUUUUUACAUAUACCCUUGGGGUUAGGGUUAAUUCUUCUCAUAAGACCCGCCAACGCAUAGCCGCUCAAAAUGGCGAAGACUUUACGGGUGUCUUACUUUUCGUCUUUAGCGAUUCAUGACAUUUAUAUUCUGGCCAGUUCUUCAUGCACGCUAUACCUUAGGGAAUAUCCCGGUAAUUCUAAAUAAAUAUUACUUUUGAGAAUCUAAAUACAAAGAUUACCGAGCAGACUUGUGCCGCUUCCACAUGUUGUAAACAGGCAAAAAUGAACUAUGGCGUCUGUUUUCCAGACGUAGAGUUCAACAAGCUACAAGACGGCAAAGGCUCCUGUUUCGUGACAUCACAAUCAAUAUCAUUUUAGGGCGAUUGGUAACCUCAUGGACCAAAAUGUGUUACGCAUGCACGCUCUCGCAUUCGUUUCAAAAUCUGUAUUCAAAAUACAAGGCAGACACUGAAAAAAUCACCUUUUAUCCCAAACUCUUAGAUCUUAAACAGGCAUAAAAAAUGGAGGCAAUCGGCAAAUAUUGAAACUGAAGCUUUUAUGCAAGACCACCUUUCACUCCACUUCGCUCAUUUAAGAGCCGUGCAAUGCAGAAAUAACAGUUUUUACCGAAGGCAACGCAACUCGUGUUAUAACAGCGUUGUCCAGUGGUGGUAAGGUUUGAUCGUUGUAGAUGUAACUCUGAUUUGUUUUGUUUUGUUUUGUUUUUUUUUUCUCGACUCGUGCUGGUUAUAUUGCCCUCAUUUACUGAUUACGUACGCCUCCAUUUUCGAGUCUUGUUUUUAAAGUCGUUAAAUUUCUAAGUAGACAACCGCGACUUUUUGAAGUCAAAAGGUUUGAUGAACGGGUAAAUUAUGCCAGAACUAUUUUGAGUUACUUUUACAAACUUGGGAGAGACGCUAGAGAAGUUAAAAUCCUCCCCUAAGCUGAACCACACG